AGCGGAUCUGAGUCUACGGAAGGAAUUCGGACGUAAAUGUGCCAUGUUGUCACGUUUAAUUAUAAAAAAGCGAAAAUACUAGGCAUGAAGUAUAGUUCAUUUGAAAAUCCAUUUUUUAAUAACAAAAUAUAGAUACCAAUAAAACGCUAAAUAUUUCAACGUGGUUGUUAGAUCUAUUCUUAUUCUAAUAACUGAUUUCUUCAAUUUUGUCCAUUGUAAAAAAUAAACAUUUUCUAAAGAUACCAUCAGUUUUUGUCAAUUUGGCAAGCAUCCGGCCUGGAUGAAGCUGAUUGGUGGAGUUUUUGGCAGGAUGGCCGUUGCCACGAGGAACCAUGUCGUUGUCAAUGGGCUAAACGUCACCUUACGUCUUGCUAUUGGCCAGGGCUUCUGUCAUUGUAUCCUCCCAUCUUGGAAUAUCGAUUUAUAUUGAAAUAUCCAGUGGCGGGGGUUUGGUCAUUUUCGAUUUUCGUGUAGGAGUUGCAAUACGAUAACACUUCCAAAAAAUUCCGCACGCAGCUGGGUAUUUUAUGAAUGAAAUCAGCCAUUUUUUCUUACAACUGCAUUCCCCUUACCGUUGCCCCGUAGACACAGAGUCGCUGGGCAGACAUUACAUGUAGUAAAUUGAAAUAUGGAAAAAACGCGAUGAUGGAACGAUAAGGUCAAGAAACAGUAGAAGAAAAUCAAGAGAAAAUUGAGAAAAUAUCUACAGUCGAAAGAAAAAAAGGACUAGGAAAAAAAUUACCAAGAAAGAAAAAUUAAAAAAUUGGGAACAAUUUGGACAGGGCAAUGAAAACUAUGAAAACCAGAAACUGUUCUUUGGAGCUUCACGUAAUACGACGAAAAAUAAAAUAGAAAAUAUAAAAGAUAAUAGAGAUAGAAGAAGUGAACGAACUAGUAGAUAAGUUUCUAAAAUUUUCUAUUAACUUAUACAAAAUAUUCUCAGGCUGUUCAUCCUGUAAUUCCUGUAUCAUAAAUAUAUAAGCAUGCACACUCAUUGCUAUCUCAAUGAUGGAUUUUUUUUCCAAAAGGCCAAUCACAAGAAAUUAUAAGCAAACAGUAAAUAAGACAAUUAUCACUUUAAUGUCAUUAGUAUCGCCACUUAUUAUUGUCCAGAUAUCGGUGAGAACAGCAUAGCGAAAAGACUUUGUUUAAUAAAGGGGAUCGUUUUUUUUUUUAGAAGUAAGUGGCAGAUAUGAAGGAAGAGAGAAAAAUGAUGGUUAUGGAAGUCAAGAUAUCUGCUCUAAGCAAGUUGAGUGCUAAAGGUAAGAAUUUUUGUUUAUUGUAAUUAGCUUUAUCAAAAACAUUAAGGCCUUAAUGUUCUAGAAGCAAAAGUACCUAAUUUGGCAUAUUCAAAGUUAUCAAGUAAUUGCAUCGAAAAUAUGAUAAUUAUUGUUAUCUUGGUUCCAAUAGAUAAAAAUCCGAAAAAUGCAUAUCAACUUACAAUAAACAGUUUUAUUUUAAAUUCACUGGCCCACAGUUCAUUCAAGGAUUUCUUCGCAAAAAAAAGCAUCAGUCAAUAAACAAUAUUUCUAAAAUGUAUUCCAAAUCGUUUCCAAAGUAUAGUGAGUGUUGUUUGUGUGCUAAUAAUAAUAUUGGUGAUAGUAGUAAAAAUAUGUCUAGAUCCGGGAGUGAUUCGGAAAAAAGUGACGAGGAAUAUCCUACAAAAGAGAUCAGAAAGGAAGAGGUCAUGGCGAUAAGGACUCGAUUUCCCAAUAAAAUACCUGUAAUAGUACAAAAAUAUUGGAAAGAAAAUCAGUUGCCUCAAUUGGACAAGUCAAAAUUCUUAGUACCGCAAGAUAUCACCAUGUCGCAAUUCCAAACAAUUAUAAGAAAUCGCAUGCGAAUGGGCCAAAAUCAAGCUCUCUACUUGCUGGUUAAUGAAAGAUCAAUGUUAAGCCUUUCCUUGACUUUGGGUGAAGUUUAUACAGAGCAUGCAGGACCAAAUGGGUUUCUGUACAUUACCUACGCUUCGCAAGAAGUUUUUGGUGACGAUAGUUCAGUAGUAUUAGAAACAAAUAAAAAGAUUUAUGACAAGUUUAGUGAUAGCAAAGUUUUAUUAUGAUAGGUUUUUGGAAGAAACACAAAAGACUGUAUUUUUAAGAUCUGACUGUUCCUAAUAAGUGUAUGUUUUAAUAUGUUGAAUUUUAAAAAAUGUACCUUGUCAUUUUACAUCCUUUAAGGUUUUAGAUUUUAGUUAUAGUAUAGUUGAAUAAGAAGUAGAUUAAUAAUAAUCAUGUAAAAAAAAUUGUUACAAUUUGGUGUAGUGUAGCUGACUCAUUAUAGGACUUAUUAUUACAAUAUGUGGACAUAAUAUAAAUUUGAAGACAUGUAUCAUUGCUUAAAAAAGACUAUUCUGUGUAAUUUUUAUUAUUACUUUCAUUAAAAUUAAUUUUAAAGCUUUU